UUCUCUUCAAACCUAACUUUUCUACAGUAACCGGAUGAAUCCGGUAACCGAGGUUGUCGAAGAGACCGUCGUCGUUACCUCAGCCACUGCUCCAGAACAAAAAAAGAAAAAGAAAUCAGUGAAAGAGGUGAAGAGGAGUAAAACUAAAAAGGACGAAAACCAAAACGACAUACCUGACAGUCGACCAAAGUUCUUGUGCGUUCCUUUGGGCCGGCCAAGCUUAUUGAGAAAAGGCCGAAAGGCUUCUUACACAUUUUCAAGUGAAGACUUGAGAAAAGAAACUCAAGAAAUUGAAGUUAAGAAGACCAAUAUCUUUACGUUUUUCUUCGAUACAAAUACAAUCAGCAAGAAUGAAAAACAACGCCAAAGAAGACUAUCGAACGUUCUCGCUGACAACGAACUAUUCGCGUCAGAUGAUCUACCGGUGUGUCACCGGUCUUCAAAUCGGAUUUAGCUUAUUUUCAUUCAUCAUUGUCUGUGUUGCUCUCCCAAUUAUGUACAAUCAUGUCCAGAAUACUAUUACCUAUGUCGACAGAGAAAUGGCUUAUUGCGAAAGAUCAAACGACGAGGCUGCACUUGAACUUCAAUACGGCAAGAUGAGAAUGACUGGAAACCGUACCGCUCGUGGUGCCUAUGGUAGCGGAGCUUCACAUGGCUUCAGACCAACAGCCUAUGGAGAUGAAAUCACUGGAGCUCCACUUGAAACUGAAUGUCCAGGAUGUUGCAUUCCAGGACCACCAGGUCCACGUGGAUCAUCUGGAACACCAGGAAAACCUGGACUUCCAGGAAACGCUGGAAAGCCAGGAAUGCCAGGAACUACUCC